AUGGAUCGUGUCACUCACAGGAAGAGUAAGUACCUGGAUCGUGUCACUAGCAGCUUCGGAGGAGGAAUUGAGAGGGGGAAAGCUCCUUCGGUGCUGCUUCUACUGGAAUGGGUGACAACAGGAGGAGGACGAUGUGCGGCUGGAGGAGGAAUGGCUAGCAGCUUCGGAGGAGUAAUCGCCAGGCGCUUCUCUGUUCGAUUGAUGAGGAUUCGAGAAGGGGAAAGCUUCUUCAGUGUUGCUUCUGCUGAAAUGAGUAGCUAG